AUGUAUCUGACGCAAGCAGAAGAGUUGGAACGUGCUGGACGGCUUAAAGAGGCUGAGCGUCUUUAUUUAAUGGUGCAUGAGACAGACCGUGCAAUCAACAUGUACAAAUCGGUCCGUCAGUACCGAGAGAUGCUUCGACUGGUGCGAAUCUACAAUCCCUCCAUGCUUGAUCAGACACUGCUCAGUCUGGCGCAAGAGUUGGACUCCGAAGGCAACCUGAAGCAGGCUGAGCAGUAUUAUACAGAAGUAGGCUUUGCCAUUUAG